AUGAACCAACAAUGCAAAGUCUGCGGGGAGCCAGCCGCCGGCUUCCACUUCGGCGCUUUCACCUGCGAGGGCUGCAAGUCGUUCUUCGGGCGGACGUACAACAACCUGUCUUCGAUAUCUGAAUGCAAGAACAACGGAGAGUGCGUUAUAAACAAGAAGAAUCGAACGUCGUGCAAGGCCUGCCGGUUAAGAAAAUGUCUGUUAGUAGGAAUGUCAAAAUCUGGAUCUAGAUACGGCCGGAGAUCUAACUGGUUUAAAAUCCACUGCUUACUUCAAGAACAGCAGCAACAGCAUAUCCAGCAUAUGCAGACGAAUAAAUCGCCACCAACCUUUAAUUCUUCUAUCAACACUUCCUUUCCUCCUAUAAACCUUCUGCCAGCCGCAGCCUUAGCAGAAUAUUACAAAAGCUCAGAGAAGAACCAAUUCACUGAAGACGUGACUCGGCAAAGCAUAUCACCGUCAGACUCUGGAGCGUCGUCAGCUGAUCCCGAAGACGAUAAUAGCUCUCGAAGCACUAGUGGCCUAAGUAUAUUCAGACCUGCCUCCUCGCCCUCCAGUGAAAAAGACGUCAGGCUACAUGCUGUUAGGAGCCAAACAAAGGACGUCAGAAAACGGAAACCUUCUACGCUUCCUCCGUCUCCUUUCGGGGCUACUCCUAGCUUUACCAGGACGGGAGCGUACCUACAACCCGUCCAAAAUCUUCGAUCGUUACCAACCGGUAUUCCUACAUGGCAGAACUGCAAUGGUGGUGACCUGAUCCUUCAUUCUCCAGCAGUGGCCGGAGUGGCCAUAGAACAAGAUCAACCGAUCGACCUGUCCAUUAAGUCGGCUGUUCUAUACCGUAGUCCAAAGAACGAUGAGUUGAGCGAUUCAGAACCGGAGUUGAGUAUUGAUAUGAGUGAGGACAGUGCGAAAGAUAUUAUGAAGAAUCCAUUAGACUUGUCUUUGGUGCCGAAAAGAAAGGAAGAAGUUCCUUUAACUGGUUAACUUACUUAAACAAUGAUUGCAUUAAAUUGGGCCAUAGUUUAAGGUCGUGCGCAAUUUUAUAGCGUUGAAACUGUACAUUGAAGUCAGACAUACCUAUGUAAGAAGUGAAGUCUAAUUUCGAAACGCUUGGUUAUAACGAACUGACACGUCGGUAAAAUCGUUCCCAAGUUAGCCUAGUAGACGCAAGAUGGUCAGUGAAAAUAUUAAAAGUUAAAAUUCAGAAUUGUUGCGCUCUGAUUUAUACGUAUUGUAUUGUUAAGUAUUAAGACAUGUCACGGCCAUGUAGUUAUUUUCCUUUAUAAUAAGUAGACACUUAAGUUUUUAGAUAGCUUAUUUCAUACGAAUACUCUGCCAUACAGUAUUUAUUAAGUCUGUACAUUUCUCUUCUUGAUUACCUGACCUAAAUACCAUAAUUGUAAUGUUUUAUUUUGUAUUUUAGGUAAUGAAUAUAUAUUUGUAUUUAAAUUAAAAUGACAAAAUUACUGGUAAAAUUUAUUAACAAUAUGUUUACACUGCCAUAUUGAUAUUAAUUUUUAAUACUCUCAGUGUCAUACUCAUAGCCCAGUAAUGAACCUAAACUGGAAAAAGGAAGCUUUUUUUUCAUUUUGUUAAUUUUAUUCAUAAAUUGUAGUAUGUACUUAUAAAAUGCCAGUUAGUCCUAAAAUGCCAGUGUUGUUUUACCAGAUCUAGCAAAUUUAUGAAAGGGACGGGGGCCAGUUGAAAGCUCAAAAUUAAAAUGUACAAAUAAAAUUAAUUGAGACUUGUAUUAUAACUGCGACUAGGAUAAAAGAUUUUUUUAUAAUAUUUAUUUUAUUAGUGCAUAGGCCAGUUUGUAUUGAGUCAUUUUUUAAUUUCAUUUUAGGUAAUAUCCAUUUUGUAAUUUAUGUAGGUAGGUUAAUGCGUGUUUUUUAUUACAUUUUGUUGUUUGUUUAGAUUGUUGGAGAUUUUUUAAUUACUUUUAGACAUUCCAUUUGUGAAUUUGCUCAUUUCUAAUGUACUUUUUUUAUGAUAAGUAAACAAUUCCAUUUCACUUACAAAUUAGUAUACAUUCCUGAGGCUGGUUCUCUUUUUCUCUAUUAAGUUUUUAGGUGCCAUGCAAAAUUAGAAUUAAUUUAUAAAAAAAGAUAAACCCGUAUUUUUUUAUUCUGCUGUAUGUGUAAACUAUGUAUAAAAAGUUACCUCUUUCAUGUCUUAUUACAAAAUCUAACAGAAUUUUAAGUUGAAAUCUGUCUGUACUCAAUAGUAAUAUUUUAAUUAAUGAAAUAAAGUUGUUGUUGCUGUGAGAUACAAUAUUUUUUAUGUUUACAGUUUUACGUUUAUAAAUGAAUCUUAAUAUAUUGGAGGAAAAUAAAUAUGAGUGCCUUUAAACUACUUUGUUU